CUCACAAGUUUGCUCAAUUGUCUCUUAUUUAUGCCGCAUGCCACCAACAUCAAAAUCUGCAUGCAAACCCCAAGAGAAGUAGAGGAGCGGAGCUGAGAUCCCAUAUCCUUUCAGUGCGCGAAACGUCCUUUCAUCAUGCACUGUCAGCAUCGGCAGUGUGGUACAUAAGAUAGUAUCUCCUGCUUUCAUAUAAUGUAUGAAAUGAAAGAGCAUCUGUAUACAUCUCAAUGUCUCAUUGAAAGCCCGAAUGCUAUCGACAACGCACAUUGCAAAUGCAAACUGAUUUGAAGAGUAGUGAUACAUAUAAAUCGAUCGCCGGCCACCUUCACAGCCUGUUCUGAUUCAGCGGAUGAUUCAACUUCACUGAAACUCAGAUGCCACCACCAAGCGAAGACGAGCCCCAAGUUGGCGUCCAAAGGUUCGGUUCCGAAUCGGAUUUCGAGGAGAAGAAUGUCGAAAAAGACUCAGAUUCCAGUCCAUCUCAAUCCGCCUCAUCGAGUCCACCUCAUGAAGACUUUUUCUCUCUCUGUCACCCAGAUCUCAAGAUUGAGAUCGUCCAGAGAGACGCUGCGAAGAUGUUAGAGGAGGUCCAGACCAUUUUGGCCGAUGGAGAGACCUCACAUGGCAUCCCCACAACCAGCGAUCAGAUUGAGCGACUUCAUCAAGCCGAAGGUACUCUCAACAAACUUCUCAGCAAGACAUGCCCCUCGUUGUCCUCGAAACUCAAUAUGCUAGCAUUGGCAAGCGGGGUAUCGUCAUGUGACCCCGUAUUCGAGAUUCCUCUAGGCAGAGAAGUCAAUUCGAAAGCAACGCCUCCACCGAAUACCCCACAGGUCUCCACACAGGACCUCGAAGAUUCGAUGGCAUCUAUCGCCUUAUCGACAGAGGAAGUUGCCACAACUCCAGUUCAGGAGCUGAUGGAUGAGCGGAAGCGAUUUGCUGUCACCAUGCAAGAAUAUGCCAUCAGACUUGAGACUGGUCGCCUCAAGGGCUUUGUGGAAUACGUCACAAGUAUUGUUCAUCCAAUGACUGAUGUAUUUGCCGAGUUUGAUAGGUUUAUGAGAACUGUUGAGAUGGCUGAGUAGAUGGAAAUGGAACUCUCAACUCGAAGAGGUCUUUGGGGAUGUGGAGUGAUUAUGGGAGACAGAUG